AUGGAUCUAACUUAUAUUCCUGGAGACAUAGCCAGUUGUUCAAAAUUUGGAAAUAAAUCCUGUCCUCCCACUAACCGCCAUUUUCAUGUCCGAGUGAUGAUGUACUUGUUCAUGACUGGAGCCAUGGUUAUCACUAUCUUUGGAAACUUGGUUAUAAUAAUUUCCAUAUCACAUUUCAAACAGCUUCACUCUCCCACAAACUUUCUGAUCCUCUCCAUGGCUACCACAGAUUUUCUGCUAGGGUUUGUCAUUAUGCCAUACAGCAUGGUACGAUCCGUGGAGAGCUGCUGGUAUUUUGGGGAUGGCUUUUGUAAAUUCCAUGCAAGCUUUGACAUGAUGCUAAGUCUGACCUCUAUUUUCCACCUCUGUUCCAUCGCUGUUGAUCGCUUUUAUGCUGUGUGUUACCCCCUGCACUAUGCGACCACAAUGACACCCUCCAUGGUCAAGCGACUGCUGGCCUUUUGCUGGUCAGCCCCAGCUCUCUUUUCUUUCAGCUUAGUUUUAUCUGAGGCCAAUGUUUCUGGUAUGCAGAGCUAUGAGAUUCUUGUGGCUUGCUUUAAUUUCUGUGCCCUUACAUUCAACAAAUUUUGGGGGACAAUCUUGUUUACUACAUGCUUCUUUACUCCUGGUUCACUCAUGGUUGGUAUUUAUGGCAAGAUCUUUAUUGUUUCCAAAAGACAUGCUCGAGUCAUCAGCAAUAUGCCUGAAAAUACAAAGGGGGAAGUGAAGAAAAAUUUAUCAAAGAAAAAGGAUAGGAAAGCAGCAAAGACUCUGGGCAUAGUAAUGGGAGUGUUUCUAGCUUGCUGGUUGCCUUGUUUUCUUGCUGUUUUGAUUGACCCGUAUUUAGACUACUCCACUCCCAUAGUAGUACUUGACCUUUUAGUGUGGCUUGGGUACUUCAACUCUACUUGCAAUCCUCUCAUCCAUGGCUUUUUUUAUCCAUGGUUUCAGAAAGCACUCAUCUACAUAGUAACAGGAAAAAUAUUUAGUUCCCAUUCAGAAAAUGUGAAUCUGUUUGCUGAAGCACAUUAA